UGUAUGAAAUGGUAAAAUAAAAUAAAACAUGCUAAAAUUAGUAAGGGGGCAAAGUCACAUUUGUGCGAUAAAGCUUGAAAAAUGUUGAGCACAUCACGGCUUGUCUCCAGCUCCUGCCCCCGCUGUGCCUCCUUUAAAGUCCUGACUGACAGGGGCGGACUGACCAUUUGGAAACUCGGGCACUGCCUGAGGGCCCGGGUCAGUAGGGGGCCCCAUGAGAUGCCCCUGCUACCUUUUUCAUGGGCUUUUUUGAGUUUGAGCAAGGACACAGGGGCCCCAUGAUCCCCUAUUGCCCGGGGGCCCCAUGAGUUGUCAGUCCGCCCCUGGCU